AUGGCGGAAGGUCAGGAGGAAAUGAUGAUGGAGACGUCUCAACAAGCACAACAACCCCAGCAACAGAUUCCACAGCAAGACGGAAUUCACUUAUCACCCAUUGAUAAAGAAUUGGAAGCAACUUUAGCCGAACAGGGUCAUGAUGGCAGUUACGGCCUUGAAGGCGUUCCAGUCAGCGAAGGAAUGAAGCGGAUGAUCAUCGACCUGCAGCGUCAUUGGCUCAGCGAAUAUCACACGGCUCGCGAGAAGUGUCUCGUUGAGCUCACCGAGAAGUUGCACCAAGAAUUCAUGAUGGAUCAGCAGAAAAUUCGCUCGGAUCUGCUUCAACAGUUCAAGGAGGAGUUGGAGCAGACGCGUCUCGAUUUGGAGAAUAAGCAUCGCGAGAAUCUGAAAAUGGAGAGCGCCAAAAUGGUCGAGAAGCACAAGCGGGAGUUGCAGGCGGCGAAGAAGAAGCAAUGGUGUUGGUCGUGUGAUAAUGAGGCCAUCUACCACUGCUGCUGGAACACUGCCUACUGUAGUGUUGAGUGCCAACAAGGACACUGGCAAACGCAUCGCAAAUUCUGCCGCAGAAAGAAGGGAAACGCCGGCAGUGGAGCUCCAGGUGCAGCCGCUCACCAACAACAACAAAUGCAGCAACAGCAGUAG